GGCGGGUCAUUUCUUGCUCUCUUCUCCCACCAGGCUCUCGGCCUUCGUCCGUGAAGGCGAAAGUUGGCAGAAACGGUUCAGGAAGACAGCUGUCACAGAGUUCCGGGAGCCGAGCGAGGGGAUCGGAAGCAACCAGUCCCAGCCCUUUCCUCAGGCCACUCUAGCCAAAGGAACCAUAAAGCCGAGAACUCGGCCUUCUUCGCUUCCUCCUCUCCGCUGUUCCGCUGCAGCUUCCGGUUCCGGGGAGGGGGCCGGGUUUUCUUCCAAGAUAAGGACCGCGUAUCCAGUCAGGAUGGCUGUGGUACCGCUGCUGUUGUUCGGGGGUUUGUGGGGCGCUGUGGGAGCGUCCGAUCUGGCUGUCGUUACAUGCGGUUCUGUGGUGAAGCUACUCAAUACGCGCCACAACGUCCGGCUGCAUUCACACGACGUGCGCUAUGGGUCAGGUAGUGGGCAGCAGUCAGUGACAGGUGUAACCUCUGUGGAUGACAGCAACAGUUACUGGAGGAUUCGUGGGAAGACCACCACAGUGUGUGAGAGGGGAACUCCCAUCAAAUGUGGCCAACCCAUCCGGCUGACACAUGUCAACACUGGCAGAAACCUCCACAGUCACCACUUCACCUCACCUCUUUCUGGAAACCAGGAAGUGAGUGCUUUUGGUGAAGAAGGCGAAGGUGAUUAUCUGGAUGACUGGACAGUGCUCUGUAACGGGCCCUACUGGGUGAGGGAUGGUGAAGUGCGGUUCAAACAUUCUUCCACCGAGGUACUGCUGUCUGUCACAGGAGAACAAUAUGGUCGACCCAUCAGUGGGCAAAAAGAGGUGCAUGGUAUGGCCCAGCCAAGCCAGAACAACUACUGGAAAACCAUGGAAGGCAUAUUCAUGAAGCCCAGUGAGUUGCUGAAGACAGAAGUGCACCAUGUAGAGCUAUGAGUCUGAAGGCACUGAUCCACUCUCACCACACAGUGUUCAUAGGUAUCUGCUGCUGCUUCACCCUGGGACCCCUGCCACAGGUUCCCUGGGCAGUGGUUAUAUCACCGCUGAGAUGAAGAUGCAUGACAGGAAACUGGCUGUGUUUGGAAGCUCCAGCCCUUCACACUUAAAUUGGUUGCUCUACCGGACUUGAGUCAGUUCUUUCUGAGUAUAGGACUUGGUGGUGAAGGGGUGGAUGCUUUUUAUUCAUACCGACAAAACAGAGGGGGACAUCCCUCCUAGCUGGGAAUUUUUUACUCCUCAGGAGCUUCGCAUGAUGGAUUGCUAAUGUGUGUGACUUUUCCCCUAUUUCCUUUCUCUAAAAUGAUCAAAAAAGAAUUU